UCUCUCACCUUUUCCGCAACCAAAACUUUUGUAUCAACUUCAAAAUUCACUGACAGCUUUUCAGUGGAUAUUUCUUCUUCAAAUGAAGGUCGAACUACAGUAUUUAGUUGUUACAGCGACUGUUUGCACACUCCUGUUUUCUUCAUGUUGUCUAAAUGUGAGCACGGAUGAGACUCGCGCUGGUUCUGGUCCUGGUUCUAACAGCCCUGCAGUGAACUUCGCCGCGUUCAGGGAACACUUUGACCGCGUGUAUGAUGUAAACAGUGAGGAAUUCCACCGUCGUCAUCUCUAUUAUCAGGUGGGAGAUAAAAACAAGAGGGAGACAGAGACGUGCAGAGGAGGAACUGUUGACACUUUCUGCACGCUCAUGAACUCAAAGAACUCUAUACAGCGGCAUGCAUACCUCAAAAAUGUCUCCUUAACACCACAGUCAGCACAGUAUGGCAUCAAUAAGUUCUCAGACUUCUCACAGGAGGAAUUUAAAGAUCUCUACCUGCGAGCCACGGCUGACAGAGCUCCUCCCUACACUGGGCUGAAGACUGAGGGGCUGCCAGCCAAAUUUGACUGGAGGGAGAAAGCAGUGGUGGCACCGGUCCAGAACCAACAAGCUUGCGGGAGUUGUUGGGCAUUCAGCGUCGUUGGUGCCAUGCAGUCUGUCCAUGCCAUCCAAGGCUCCCCAUUAACCCAGCUCAGUGUACAGCAGGUUCUGGACUGCUCCUACCAAAACAAAGGCUGCAAUGGAGGCUCCACUGUCCGGGCUCUGAAUUGGUUGAAGCAGACCAGAGAAAAAUUGGUGCCUCAGAAAGAGUAUCCCUACAAGGCCAAGACGGGAAUCUGCCAUUUUUUCCCUCAGUCACAUGGCGGUGUUUCAGUGGAGAACUUUACUGCUCAUGACUUCAGUGGUCAAGAGGAGGCCAUGAUGGGUCAGCUGGUGGAGAAAGGUCCCUUGGCUGCUAUCGUGGAUGCUGUCAGCUGGCAGGAUUACCUGGGUGGAAUCAUUCAGCACCACUGCUCCAGCCAAUGGUCUAACCAUGCCGUCCUGGUUGUUGGAUACAACACUAUGGGAGAUAUUCCAUAUUGGAUAGUGCAGAACUCAUGGGGAACCACAUGGGGGAAUGAGGGGUACGUUUAUAUAAGAAUCGGUGGCAACGUUUGCGGUAUCGCGGAUUCUGUGGCAGCAGUCGUUCUUUGAUGAGAUGUGUUUAUUUUAGUUCUGCCAUCAUGUUUGCGUAAGUGACUGCGUGUGUGUUUACUGCUGCCAAAAUUUCAAUCAUCUGUUUGCCUUCAAGUGUCACUUUAAACAGUGUUUUUUAUUGUAAUGUCACCAUGUUACAUCACCAACACAAAAUAAAUCACUUCAUAUGCUGAUAA